GUGAACAGAGCAGUUGUUUAUUGUCCAAAUAAUAAAAUAAAUAGUAAGUAAAUAACUAUGUCAAAAAGAACAGUUAGAUAUGUAUAUAGUGAAUACCUAAUAAGAGAAGCAGACAAAAAUCCAGCUGUAAAAGGCAGAGCCACAUUAACACAUCAAUUAAUCACUUCUUAUGGUUUAAUAAAUUUAAUGGAAAUACUUACUCCUAUAAAUUGUAAAGUAUCGGAAUUGACUAAUUUUCAUAGCUCAGAUUAUGUUGAACAAUUUAAACGCUUUGAGCGCAGUCACAAUACGCAGCCUUCCAAACAAAUUCGGAAUGAAGCUUUGUCUAGCACACAAGUGGAAGAAGAAGAAGAGGAAGAAGUAUGUGAAGAAUCUAUUGAAGAAGAAUAUGGCUUGGGGUAUGAUUGUCCAGCAUGGUCAUGUAUUUUAUCUUAUGCUUGCAUUAUCGCUGGUGCUACCAUCACUGCUUGUGAGGCGCUAAUUAAAUGCAAACCAACUGAACCAGAAAUAAUAAUAAAUUGGUGUGGUGGUUGGCAUCAUGCACAUCGUGAUAAAGCUGGUGGACAUUGUUAUAUUAACGAUAUUGUACUUGGUAUAUUGGUAUUAAGACAACAUUUUUCACGUAUAUUAUAUAUUGACUUGGAUGUGCAUCAUGGUGAUGGUGUGCAAGAAGCUUUCGAGACUACCAAACAUGUCUUUACAUUUUCUCUGCAUAAAUAUGAAUGUGGCUACUAUCCAGGCACUGGUAACGUCAGUGAUUGUGGUUUAGCUGGUGGUAGAGGCUAUACAGCAAAUUUCCCAUAUAAAGAUGGAAUAGAUGGAUUUUCAUUUUAUAAAUACUUUAAGAGAAUAGUGACACGUAUAGGUGAAUGUUAUAAUCCUGAUGCUUGCGUCAUUCAAUGUGGUGCUGAUGCUAUUGUUAGUGAUCCUUUGGGUGGUACAAAUAUAACACCACACGCUCUAAUCUGUUGUGUUUUUAUGAUAUUAAAAUGGAAUUUACCCACAUUGAUAUUGGGUGGCGGUGGUUAUAAUUUUCCAAAUACAAGUCGUUUCUGGACACAACUUACAGCUGCAAUACUAAAUAAAAAACUAUGCAAUGAUAUACCAGCUACGAAUGAUAACUUUCUUAAAUAUGGCCCAGGAUAUAGUUUAAAUAUAAAUUCUGAUAAAUUUAAGAAGAAUUGGAAUACAGAAGAAUAUCUUGAUAGAUGCGCUAAAACCAUUGAAGAUAAUUUAAUUAAAUAUGAAGUAUGUGCAAUUUGAAUAGUGUCAUUCCUGACAUGUAAGAAUAAAUAAUAAAACUGUAAGGCAAU